UAUUGAAGUACAUGUUUGAACCUCAUUAUCACGAAUUUGACAUGAUUUCAGCGAUAAAAUCAAAAGGAGCUUCUAGGAGGAGCCGAGGAGGAGAAAAAUUAUAAAUAAGCAAAAUUUGAAUUGAACAACUUCUAUUAUUUGCAGCAAAAUUUCAUGAAUAAUUAACAGUGCCUGCUGCGAAAUGAUUAAAUACCUACAUGUACAUUUAUUUAUGUUUCGUUUGGUUCAAAUGUUAAGCCAAGUCUUUGUCUUUGUUUUAAUUACAUUAUGAUUUUGAUUUUCUAUUACAUAAUAAGUAUAUUUUUUUAAAAUUUAUUUUGUAAUACAACGCCUAGAACUGGAACAUUGGCAGCACUGUUAUGAGGGGUGCUUCUGCUUCUGCAUGAGCAUGAUUGUCGAUUGUGUCUGUCUUUGUCUGUCAUUCACAUUCAGUCAGUGUCACAGUGUGAUGUGAGAUGAGUCAGACGAGUCGUCCCUCGGCAGUCGGCUACAUAAUUCGUUUCGUUUGUUCUUGAAGUGCUAACAGGAACGUGUUCCUUCGCUGAUUUCAUUUUAUUUUGCGUUCAUUUUUUAAUUAAUUAAUCGAAUUUGCUGUUGAAAUAGUAAAAUUUGUCCUUUGAGGAUCUAUUCUGUAUGUUCGUGCUCGAUUAAUACUUACCUUCGAAGAUGAUUAGCGUUUCAUGAUUGUUGCCGAAGCUCCGGUCGUCCGGUCAGAUAUCGUUGAACUAUAGCCGCAUCAUGUUGAAAAUUUACUGUUUCAUUCCUCUUGUCUGAAGCUGAACCGCGUACCGCGUGGCCGACGUUUUUUGUUCGAGUAUAUUGCGUUCUUUGAAAUAUUCAAAUUUGAAGCUACGACUAGGUGUAUCUAGGUACGUAAUUUCGCGAGAAAAAUUUCAAUCAGCCGAUGAAGAACUGAACAUCGAUCGAUCAACAUGGCUAGUGUGAUUCAAGAGGAAUAUCCAUUCAGAUUUAUCAACUCGCCUUCGUCUCUGCAAUCGCUCGCUGCGACGGGUUUGUCGUUAGAUUAUUGGCGUCAUCAGUACUUCAGCCAUCCUCCCAAACAAGAUGAUCCUAUUACCUCGUUUCUGGAAAAGAAAAACACCAGCUGCGACGAAAUCUUCACCGUGCCAUCUUGUAUUAAGAAUUUGAUCGAUGACAGGAUUAAAUCGGUCGGACCUGAGUUGAAGAAAUGGAUCAAAUAUCUUUCGAUAGAGGAAUUAUUAUUCGAAGGAACUAUCGAAAACGCUUUGCCCAGGUUUCUCAACUGCACCGUUAUGAAACCCAGUGGUACCGUCAGUUUCACAGCAACUGCAACGAAUGUGCUGAAAUCGGACAAGUUCAGCGACGUGGAAAAAUACCUGAUAGCUACGACGUUCUGUUUGGAAGAAGAGGUCAAACGAAUUUGGCCUUUGGUAUCAGAUGCUCCUCGAGUUAAGGUCGGUACCACCAUGAAAUCGCACAUGAUGUUUUAUUUUAAUCGGCGUAUGAUGUCGAGAAAAGCUCCCAUAUCCAUUGUCAACCAAUUUAAGGAAUCGUACACGAAAAAGAAUUGGGCAGCUUGCGAGUAUUUUUUCGAUCAGCUGUCAGAUAAAGAGAAAAUAACAAGGAUCAAGAUUAUCGUAAAUGGUAAAGAUGCAGAAGCCAUUAUGUGCUUAUUGCCGAAAUUAACGAGAGAUAUGGCUGAGACGGUAUUCAAAGCAACGAACUCUCGUUUGUUGCAUGUUUUGGCAACAGAAACGAAGUAUUCGGGAUAUGUGUGUGAAUCGUUCGCCGUAUUUAAAAAUUUCAUCUUCGAAACACCGUCCAUGUUUUCCAAUAUGAUUAGUAAACUGUGGGCAGUAGUGUUCAUUUCUAAGGAUUUGGAUUUCGAUCGACGUCAUCGAGUGAACGCUUUCCUUUUUGAAUUAUGGACCAGUGCACCGAGAGAAUUGAAAUUGUACGUUGUGACAACCCGUUUCAAUGAGUUUUUCUGCCGAUUGAAGCUAGGUCCAGAUUCGUUUUCACAAUGUUACGGCCACGACAUGGCAUUCAUGCUGGAACUGUUCAAUAUUGCUAGUUUCGAAAGGAGAAACGAAAUAUGGAAGAGGAAUUGGCGUAAAAUAGCUUUUCACGCUACACCAAAAUUUUUCAAACAAUUCAUGAGGCUAGCUCUGCAAAACGAUGAAGACAUCAAUGUGUACAAAGAACGUUUGUUCAAGCACACAGACCUGUUCAAAUCAUUAAUCGAGGCAGGAUUUUUUUCUGAUUUGACAGAUUAUCUGAAUGUCUGCUCGAAUGAUCCGACACUUAUUCGGAACUGUAGCCAACGAUUACUCAAGUCAAAUGCCGACGUCAUGUUUUACUACGAUAAAGAUAGAUGUGCACGAUGCGAUGUGUUCCUCGGUGCUUUGUUUUCGAACGUAAAAAACGAUGUGGAUCAGUUUAAAUUUCGGAUGAUUUGCUGCCGGACACAGAUUAAAAAACUGCAUUCUGAGUUUAAUCGAGAUGACAGUUUGAAUAUUCAGCAGGCGGUCGAUUUUUUCAUUUCGAGUCCGGAACAAUUGAAAGAAUUAAAACGCAAGUUCCUGUCGCAUCUUCGCAGUUCUGUUGUACCUAGCCCAUUCUAUCGGGACGAGUUUUCACCGUGGUCGCAGUUGGUUGAAUGGUGCAUCGAUAAUGCGAAACAAUUGUCAGAGUUCAAAAGGACUUUUAACAUCGACGAAAUUUUCUUAAAAUGUAUCGAGGGUCGUGGUAGAUGGGGGAAAAUACAAUAUUUUAACGAAUUCUCCAAAUGGUUCUUUGAAACCGAUGAAGCUAGAAUCGCGUUCAGAACGAAUAAAAUACAUAACUACCAUAAAAUCGACGAGUUGAAUAAAAUUUUGAGGUCUGCUGAGUCAUCAGUUGAUGAAUUUUUGUCAGGUAUUUUCGAUGGUGAUAUGUCUGAGGUGCGGAAAUUUCAGCAGUUUUUCAAGAGAAAUGAGCACGCGUUAUCUUCUACUCGUAAUGAGGAAUUCUCUGAUGCUGAAUUGUCUUCUGAUUCUGAACUAUCUGGAAUUAGAUCGUUUGACACCAGCUUGUCCAGUGCUGAAUCAGAAUGUUCUGAUACGGAAUCGCCUAGCCCAGAAUCGCACAAUAGGUGCCGAAUCUCGCUGUAAAUAAAUUUAAGUUGAAUAUCCAAGUGCGUCGCGUCUACAUUACUCGAUAAAAAUCGUUUAAUAACAUUGUACCCUUCUCCUUAUUUUCAAAACUGAAAUCGUCUGCGGCGAUUGAAAUCUAUCCGAGCAAUAUACUUGCUCCUUGAAGUUUUCUGUUUGCAUAUUUCAAGCUCAGAUUACUCGUCAUUCAACGCUGGAACAAUUUCACGAGAUUGAUAAAAAUUUUUCAGGAAAAAAAUUAUGUCGACUUUUUUUUUAAAAUUGUGGGGUUUCUGUUUCGUUAUUUGAUGUUGAAAAAAUGUUAUUUUUUAGUAUAGGUAGGUACCUAUUUCUAAAGAUUCAUCUCUAGUGUUUUAUUUUGUAAUGUUCGUCGCUUAUUUGUAUUUUUAUUGUCGUACCUAGUACCUACCUAUCUAUGUUCCAUUAUUAAUUUUAAUCAAUUUUAUUUGAUUUUUUAAGGUAUGAUAACGUUUAUUACUUUUUUAUGAACUACCAUAAUUUUUCAUCAUAAAUUAUUUUUUUUAUUUUUUCAAUGUGAGUUUUGGAUUUAAAAAAAAAAAAACUUGGUAGUUGCGGU